CCUGCGAGAUCGAUUCGUGAGAAGGUGAAGGCGGAAGGGAAAAAGCAUGUUCAGAGUUGGGCCGGGAGUCGCCGUUUGACAAGUAUGGAGCCAGGUUUGGUGUCUUCGGGCUGGCGAGAUGCGAUUUUCACCCAGAUCCAGACACGGAACCGAGUCCUGUGCAACACUUUCCAGGACUUGAUAACAGCCCAUAAUAGAUUGUUCGAGGUUCAAAAUGAACUCAGACAAGAGAAUGAAAAUCUCAUCAGGGAGGGUGCGGCUGGAGGUACCGAUGGUACCAAUCGAGCUGCUGAGCAGAGGAUUUCCCUACUUGAGAGCAAGCUGAUGGCCCAGCAGGUGGAACUGACUGAACUACACAAGGCUCGAGGAGAUAACAUGCACAUGGUUGUCGACUUGAACAGACAGGUCAAAGAGAAAGAGGCCAUGUUAAAAAAGGUCGAACAGAAUUUAACGGAAGCGGUAGCAAAAAACACACAACUAUUUAAUGACAUUGUAAGGCAUAUGGCAGAAAAAUCAGAGCUUCAAAAUGCUAACCAGUUAAUAAGGGAUGAACACACUGCAUUACAGCUCGCCUAUUCACAGCUGGAAGAAAAAUUGAGGAAAUAUCAGGAAGAAAAUGCACAGCUGGUCGAUCGUUUGAUGAAAUAUAAAUCUAAAGAUGCAGAAAAAAUGAAUGAGGAAAAUGACAACUUUCUCAAGAAGCUACUUCCACAUUACCACUAUAUGUUUGGGUGGAAAAUAAAAUCAAAGAAACGAUAUGCAAAGAUUCAAAAAGAAUUAGAAGAGGCAGCCAAAGAGAGUUCCAAAUCUAUCCCACUUGAACCUUACGUACCCGAUAGUGCAAUACCUGAUAAAUCUGCCGUGCCAACAACUGUCGCUAUCAGCUUUGAUGCUCAUGAAAGUGAAAUCAGUGCUGUUAAGUGGAGUCCCGUUGAUAAAAUUGUUGCCACUGGAGGUACUGAUCGAAAAGUAAAACUUUGGGAUAUAUCAAAAGGAUUAGCUGAAUCGAAAGGCCAGCUUGUUGGCAGUAAUGCAAGUGUUAUGUCCGUGAAUUUUGACACGAAUGGUAGUUUUAUACUCGGCGCUUCCAAUGACUUCGCCACGAGGGUGUGGGGUGCCACCGACCUGCGACUAAAGCACACUCUCACUGGUCAUAGUGGCAAAGUCUUGGCGGCUAAGUUCUUGGGAGAACCGACGAAGGUUGUGACUGGCAGCCACGACAGGACGCUUAAACUCUGGGACCUAAGGAGUAGAGCAUGUAUCGAGACGAAGUUCGCGGGUUCCUGUUGCAACGACAUUGUCAUCAGCGACUCAGCAGGCACGACCAUCAUCAGCGGCCAUUUCGACAAGAAGAUUCGAUUCUGGGACACCAGGACGGACACGAACAUCAACGAGAUCCUGGUCCAGGGGAAGGUCACUUCCCUCGAUUUAGCAAGAGACGGUAAAACACUUCUGGCGUGCGUCAGGGACGACACCCUCCGCCUCAUAGACCUCAGGGCAAACCAAAUGCUGACGACGUAUAGUUACGAAGGAUUUAAAGUCGCAUGUGAUUGGACAAGGGCCGUCUUCAGCAAUACUGCUGAUUUUGUGUGUGUUGGGAGCAACGACGGUGGCGUUUACGUCUGGAACACCGCUUCCGGUAACCUCGAGACCGUACUUAAAAAACACACGUGUCCAGUAAUAGCAGUGUCUUGGCAUCCAUUCGCUAACUACAUCGCAAGUGUUGACAAAUCCAAAAAGGCUGUGGUCUGGGCUGAUCUCUGACAGUGAUUUUUCUAUUUUGAUAAAUUUUUUCUCACAAUUUGUUACGCUUUGUUGUAAAUACAAAACAUUUAUAUUGGAAAAAAAUAACGAUGUAAUUAUAUUAUAAAAUAAGGAGUUCAUGUUUUUAAAUUAAUUUUUAAGCCUUACCUUAUUGCCGUUCAUUGAAAAAGUUUGUUUACUUUUUAAUAAUAAAAAAAUAAAUAAAAAUAAAUAACCACGGGUCUAAUUUAUUCCAUAUAUAAAAAAAGACCUCGGAAAAACACAAAAUGAAAAUAUAAUAAAAUAAAGGGAAAGAUUGUGUACUGAUAAGUGGGAUAAUUUUAUAACACUGUGCAAAUUGUUAUUAUAAUCUAAGCCGGAUUG